GGACGCCACAUUGGAGCGGCGACGGAGCGCCCCGCGCAGCGCCGAGCCGGGUACAGUUUGCGCCGCCGCCGCGCCUCUCACGCCGCCCUCCCCGGCUCGGCUCGCCUGGUCGGGCUCGGUUCGCUUCCGCGCCUGGCCGCCCUCCUCCCCGCAAUACAUGCUCCUGCUCCCGGCCUACGUCUAGCCCCGCUGCCGGGCCCGGCGCGCCGAGGCGAGGGAGUGCGCGGCGGGCGGCGAGCGGGCGGCGGCGCGGCGCUCUGGCCGGACCGUGAGGGGCGACGGCGGGCGGGUGUGGAUGGAUCCUCGCGUGGCCUGGAUCCAGCCCGAGCAGAAAGGCCCCGCGAAUGCGCUCUGGAUGCAGAUCUGGGAGACCUCACAGGGCGUGGGGAGCCGGGGCGGCGCCAGCUUCCCGCACUACCUCUGCCUUAACUCCCCGGCGCUGGACUCCACCGCCACCUCCCCGCCCCGCAACCACAGCUGCGUCCGGCUUGGGACUCCUGGCGGCGGCUGCUCCUCUUCCUCGCCGCCCUCUCCUUCGCCGUCUCCCCCGGCCCUGCUGACCGGACUGGUUGCCGCGGCCGCCGCCGGCCCCGUGGCGGCGAACAGCGGCGGUGAUGGAGGGCGGCGGCUGCAGAAAUCGCCUUCCGUGUCUUCCUCCUCCUCCUCCUGCUCGUCGGUGGAGUCUGGCACCGAGAGCCCCGGCUUCUCCUCCUCGGGAUCUUGCAGCGGAGGCGGCGGCGGCUCCUCCUCUUCCUCCUGUGGUCCCCGGGCGGCAGCGGUGGCUCCUCCUGGGCUGCUGGGCAACGGGGCCGGGCGCGGGGAGUUUUUUAACUUCCACGAGAAUCAAGUGAACAGUGUGAACGGGCAUCACCAGCCCCCGCACCUCGCGCGCAGCCCCCACCCGCCGCCACCUGCUUCUCCUCAGCAGCACCAGUACCACCCGGGCCGCAGGAAACGAGAGAAUAAAGCCAGCACCUAUGGGAUGAAUUACCUACUCUCCGGCAGCCGCGGCGUCGCCAUCAACAACUCCCCCCACCAGCCGCGGCAGCCGCUGCAGCCGGCACUGCAAAGCCCUGGCACACCCUGGAAGACCAGGAAAUACAGCCCGGGCGUGCAGGGACUACACGAAGAAAUAAUUGAUUUCUAUGACUUCAUGUCCCCUCGUCCUGAAGAAGCAGCUAUGAGAAGGGAAGUGGUGAAAAGAAUAGAAAUGGUCAUCAAAGAUCUCUGGCCUACAGCUGAUGUCCAGAUAUUUGGCAGCUUUAGUACAGGGCUUUAUCUCCCAACUAGUGAUAUUGAUUUAGUUGUUUUUGGAAAAUGGGAACGCCCACCUUUACAGCUGCUGGAGCAAGCACUAAGAAAACACAGCGUGGCUGAACCGUAUUCCAUUAAAGUACUUGAUAAAGCUACAGUACCAAUAAUAAAACUUACUGACCAGGAGACAGAAGUGAAAGUUGACAUCAGCUUUAAUGUGGAAACUGGUGUGAAGGCAGCUCGAUUUAUCAAGGAAUACAUGAAGAAAUAUUCUUUGCUGCCCUAUUUGAUUUUAGUAUUAAAACAGUUCCUCCUUCAGAGGGAUUUGAAUGAAGUUUUUACUGGUGGAAUUAGCUCUUACAGCCUAAUUUUAAUGGCAAUUAGUUUCCUGCAGCUGCAUCCAAGAAUUGAUGCCAGAAGAGCUGAUGAAAACCUUGGAAUGCUUCUCAUAGAAUUUUUUGAACUCUAUGGAAGGAAUUUUAAUUACUUGAAAACUGGUAUUAGAAUAAAAAAUGGAGGUGCCUAUAUUGCCAAAGAAGAAAUCAUGAAAGUCAUGACCAAUGGAUACAGACCAUCCAUGUUGUGUAUUGAAGAUCCUCUCCUGCCUGGAAACGACGUUGGCAGAAGUUCUUACGGUGCCAUGCAAGUGAAACAAGUUUUUGAUUAUGCCUACAUUGUUCUUAGCCAUGCAGUAUCACCACUUGCAAGAUCAUAUCCAAAUAGAGAUUCUGAGAGCACAUUAGGUAGAAUCAUCAAAGUGACCCAAGAGGUGAUUGACUACAGAGCCUGGAUUAAAAAGAAGUGGGGGAGCAAAAUUAAUUUAUCACCUGAACUUGACAACAGAUUGAAAAUAAGAGACCAGAUUUCUCCAUGCAAUGGAGAACAGCAACAGAACAGAGACUCAGAACCACCUUACAACCAACGCUUGGCUUUGUCAUUGGCUAGCACACAGCAGUUAUCCUCUGGGUCAUCUGCCUCUUCAGUAUCAUCGCUCUCUGGCAGUGACAUUCAGCACAGUGGAAUGAAGUUUUCCAUGAAAGGGGCUCAUAACCAUAGUCAAGGCAAUGGCUACAGUCCUGUCAACAGUGGCGGCAUGAGGCAACCAGUUGGUAACCGAGGACACCACCAGUACAACCGUAAUAUAUGGAGAAGGAAAAAACACAGAGACAGUUUACCUAUUAGUCUCAGCAGAUAAUGGCAGAUGCCAAGAUGACCUUCCCCAGUUCUGACUGAAAUGGAGUGAGUGCCAUUCAACUCGGGGCAUGGAGACCAGCGUCCAGCACAUUGUUUUAAUGGUGUUGCCAAAUAUCUGCAGCUGACUUCUUUGCAUGUUUUUUUUUUUUUUUUUUUUUUUUUUGUGUGUGGUGGUUCCGUCCAUCUUCAAGAAGUAGUUGUGCUUAUCUGUGAAGCCUUAUUAAAUGUUUGUUUUCUGCCUUCCCACAAUGGUUCAUCCAGUGCCGAAGCAGCUCUGACAGUAGAACUGCAAGGACAUUUACAAAUGCUGUGGCUUUUUUUGCUGUGGCUACAUCUGUUCCUUUGUGGGUUUUGUUUUCUUUUAUUUUUGAAGUGAAAGAAACUUCAGUUGGAUUUUUUUCCUUGCAGCAAAUCCAGUUGGGAAUUCAUAAAAAUAAAUUUGCUGCUCUUCUAUUUUUGUUUCAAAGUUCAGAAAUUUUUUGCUCUGUAAAUAUUGGAAGUAUAAUUUGUGCAAUAACUUGGAAUUUUUAAUUUAAUUUCAUAUUGUCAUAUAAGUUAUAUUUAAGGAGGUUUUUUUAAUUUACAGAUCCUUUCCCAGGUUGCAUUAUCUAAGUUGGGUUCAUAGUUUUGGCAGGUUGUCUGAGCAGUGUUACAAACAUGACAUUUGGUAAUAUUCAAGGCUUCUUGAUUCACAAUGAAAGGCAAUUUGGCUUACAGUUUUAAGAAGGUAUUAAGCUCCAAAGCAUUUUGACCUUGUGUUUUUAGCUCAUUGUCUGGCCUUUAUCAUUUAUCUUGCUCUGACCAAUGUGUUUUAAUUUAUUCCUUUAAUUAGAUAAGAAAUCUAGCUUUGUAGUACCCGAAGUAAAACUUCUGAGGGGGGGGGGGGAAGGUUGGUUUAAGUUCUGACAAAUUUAAAAGCUGUGAACUACAUGCUUUGAUGCAUAUUAGUAAUGUAACCUGUUAAUGUUUGGGUUCAAACAACAUUAUUAAACAGAGGCACCCGGCUUAAGGAAUGUGGAGAAAGGAAAUAUGUUGAUUCCAUUAAGGAAUCUGUAUAGCAGUAUGCAUUAGUUCUGUUAAGAGCAAAUAUAUAAAAAGUACUUCAGCUGCUCUAAGCAUUACAAGAAGUAUCUUUUAAUGUAUUGCAGGAGAGCACAGCCCAGUGUUGUACACAGUAUGAGUGGCUGGCACUUAAUUUACAGAUGCAUACAGGUAUACUAUGCAAGUGUGUAUUGCCAUGACAAACACUGUCUUUAACUUUUCAAAAAGUGUACAUCCUGCCUAACCCUGAGUUUUUAAAGAACCACAGUUGUCCUGGGAGUAGGUCACAUCUCAUGCCCUCUGACUUUCCAUUUUUUUAGUGAGUUCUUAAACUGUACAGAAAACUGCAAUGAGUUAUAUAUAAGUCCAUUAGCGGAGAGAGCUGAAGAGAAGUCCUGCUAACAGGACAUCUAUACUAUGUACAGUUAUAGAAGAUUUUAAAACUGAUACCUGAAUAUUAAAAUAAGGUGUCUAGUAUGAUGAAGCUUUUUAGUAUGCAGUAUGCCUUUGAAGCAGGAUUAGUUCAUGUUAUUACUGAAUCUGUCAAAUCCAACAGGUCCUGGAGGGGAGAGAGGGCAACAUUCCGAAAUAGAGUAGUGCAUAUCUGUUCGCAAAAAGUUUGUCUUAAUGCUCCAGAUUCAUCACAAUUUUAAAAGAUUGUGAGCUGAUUCAUAAAUAAUAUUUAAGGGCUGUUACAUGAGCCUGUACUGCUUAGUCUUCACACACUAGCAAUAUUGACCAUAAAACCUACAUUAAAGAGCCUUCAAGGCUUUAGUUGGUGUCUUAUAUUAGCGUCCAUUUUAAAACAAAGCUCAUUUAAAAAGUGGUAUCAUGUAACAUUUCAGUCAUGGUGAACCAAAUAAAUUGGCCUGGCUAUCACUGUGGUUAUGUGCUACAGAUUUAAAAAAUCAUGUUUAAAUUUUUUUCUGUGGACAACUAUGUGGAAGCUAAAAUUGACAUAUUUUUAUGUAAAGUUUUCUAUUCUUUGAUUUUUAAUAAACU